GAACCUAGAUUCUCGCAAUAUUUGUAUUUUCUUUUCGCACCGACUCUUGUAUAUCGCGACGAAUAUCCCAGGACAAAAAGAGUUAGAUGGAUAGUAGUAAUUAGUAAUUUUGUUGAAUUUGGCCUAUCGAUUUUCUAUCUCGCCUUUAUCUUGGGAAGCCUGAUGUUACCGGUUUACCAAGUAUUCGGCACGCAAUAUCUGGAUUGGAAAUGGUUCGUCAAGAGUAUCAUCAAGUCUAGUUUUUCCGGCAUUUGCUUCCUUGUCACCAUAAAUUAUCUCCUGCUGCAUACAUGGAUGAACGCUUGGGCGGAAAUGCUGCAGUUUGCCGAUCGAUUGUUUUACAAGGACUGGUGGAACAGCACGACUUACUACACGUUCUUCCGCACGUGGAAUGUAGUAGUGCACGACUGGCUGUACACGUAUAUUUAUAAGGAUAUGUAUGAAAUCGUGCCAUACAAUCGGGUGUUGUCAGCUACUAUUGUAUUCUUCAUCUCCGCCAUCGUUCACGAGUACAUACUCGCGUUUGCAUUCGGCUUCUUCUAUCCUGUAAUAUUUAUUUUAUUCAUCACCAUUGGUUUCCCCAUGUUCUUCAUUCGCAAAACUUUCAGCAACCUCUUUAUGUGGUUGAGCUGGAGCCUUGGAACCGGUAUUAUUUUCAGUCUACACGCGAUAGAGUUAUAUGCUCGGCAAAACUGUCCGCCUUAUCCCAAUUACUACCUAGACCUGUUUAUACCGCGAAGCUGGAGCUGUCACGAACAAUUUAACUCGUAGAUUUUUUCCAUUUGCAUGGGUAAUAAAAUUAAGAUUAUUAAAAAAUGGGACGAUAUUUCCGUUCUGCAG